AUGUAUAUAAAUGGUGUUUGUGGAUAUCAUCAUCAUCCAACAACUAGUUCACGAAAUCCAGCCUCGUCAGCGUCUGGUUCAUACUACUACUCUCGAGGUUCUGCUUCAGCUCAAGGAGGUACUCAAUCUGCUUCGGUCUCUUCACAAGCACCAUCUCCGGUCAUUCCGUCGUCAUACACUCGACUUCCACCACCACCACAACAACAACAACAACCCUAUUCACAACAAUAUAAUGGUUCAGUGGAGUCGUCAUCAACUAUGAUUAAUCGAGGUUGA